CUAAUCAUCCCUAUUACUCCUGUUAAGCUUCGUUUCGUCCCCAGAUUCUGUCAAUUGUCAAUUUUAGUCUCUCAAUUGACUUGAUCUUUUGAUCUACACGGCGACCUCCACCAUGCCCUCUAAAUCCUCCUCCCAGCAAUCAAAUUCCUCCCGCCAGAGUUCCUGCGGCGGCGGCGGCUGCUGCUUCUCUAUGCGCAAACUCGGUUUCCUCGCGGUCUUCGUGGCCAUCUUCGCUGCGCUGUACAGCUACCUCGACGCUCGUCUUGAGCAAUUCUACAUCUUCAAUCCCGAACAAUUGCACGACCUCUCCCAGCGCGCCGUCCAGGCUCAUGGCAACGACACCCGUGCGAUGGUCGACUUCAUUGUCGCCGAGCUGGACCAGAAGAUCCCCGGAAACCACCUGAACAAGAACGAGGAAUGGAUUUUCAACAAUGCCGGUGGUGCUAUGGGUGCCAUGUACAUCAUCCAUGCUAGUAUCACCGAAUACUUGAUCAUCUUCGGCACCGCGAUUGGCACUGAGGGCCACACCGGCCGCCACACCGCCGAUGACUACUUCAACAUCCUGCAGGGAACCCAGGUCGCCUUCGUUCCCGGCACUUUCGAGCCCGAGGUCUACCCCCCUGGCACCGUCCACCACCUCCGCCGCGGCGAGGUCAAGCAAUACAAGAUGGAGCAGUCCUGCUUUGCCCUCGAAUACGCCCGUGGUUGGAUCCCUCCCAUGCUUUUCUUCGGUUACGCCGAUACUUUCUCCAGCACCCUUGACUUCCCUACCCUGUGGGCCACGACGAGAGUCACAGGCCGCGAAAUGAUCAUGAAUCUGCUGCGCCGCAAGUUUUAAUCGCGAUAUGAUUAGGACGAUACAUAACCAGAGAUCGGAGAUAUGGGAUAUUGUACUGUAAUACAAUAGUGUGCCUGUGAUUAUAGAUUAUGGUAAAGCUGUAUAGAUAGGAUAUAUUAUUCUUAUGACCGCUUCAGCU